UCCACAUUGUAAUUGCGGGAUAUUUUACUCGGUCAAAGAAAAAUUCAAAAAAUUGAAGACCACAAUUCCAUCACCCAAAUUGGUUAAAUCAUGGAGAAGUCAAGGGAUUAAGCCUGCCUAUGCCUCUUCCCCAGCUGUACCGCAAUUCAGUUAAUUAUCUCUGCUCAAAAGUUUUAAAUAAAGCUAACCACCGGAGCUGUCUUCCCCCAGAUAUGUCACUCAACAACUCCUCAACCUUCUGCUUCAUCUUCAGCUCAAUGGGCGGAUUAACCUUACGGCCCUUCACAUUUCUCAUGACACUGGUUUUACCCCUUGUUCUAGCGGUUGUUGUUUACCAGCUGGACACAUUUGACCCGGCUGCUUACCCGCCCCAUGAGCUGGCCCAGAAAGAGUCCAUGGCAAUUCCCAGAAUUAACAGCCAGCUGCUUAAAGGAACAGAGAAAAUUGGGGCCGGAAAACUGCUGGCACCGGAAGACAUAGCUUAUGACCCCAAGUCCGGGGUGAUUUACACCGGUUGUGCUGACGGGUGGUUAAAACGAGUCACGGUCAACGAGUCAUCAGCUGCUGAUUCGGCCGUUGAGAAUUGGGUGAAUACCGGUGGCCGGCCCGUCGGAGUUGUGUACGGCCAUCACGGCGAAGUUAUCGUUGCUGAUUUGGAUAAGGGAUUAUUGAAAGUGACUUCAGAUGGCACAGUUCAAUUGCUGACAGAUGAGGCUGAAGGUGUGAAAUUUAAACUACCAAAUGGUGUUGAUAUUGCCCAGAAUGGCGUCAUAUACUUCACUGAUUCUUCUUACAAAUACACUGCCUGGGAGUAUGUUUUGGAUCUUUUGGAGGGCAGACCUUAUGGAAGAUUGAUUAGUUAUGACCCUUCAACUAAGGAAACCAAAGUGCUGGUCCGGGACCUUUACUUCCCCAAUGGAGUUGCUGUCUCCCCUGAUCAACAAUUCGUCAUCUUCUGUGAAACACCCCUACGAAAGUGCAAGAGAUAUUACAUAAACGGAGAGAACAAAGGAACUGUGGACACAUUUGUUGAAAACAUCCCCGGAAUGCCUGACAACAUUCGAUACGGUGGAGACGGCCAAUAUUGGAUUGCCAUAGCUUCGGUAAUGUACACAUAAAUUCAAAGUUUCCACAACCCGAAUUAGCAAUAGUGCUGAGACUUCCCUUCUUUCUUACUGGAAAAAUGAAAUCCCUUUUAUGUUAUUUGCAAAAAUAAACAGGAAGUUGCAUUUGCUUGGAGGAUGGCACAAACAUAUCCCUUCAUACGAAAGAUGGUAGCUAUAAUGGAAAAGUACGUAGGCAGACCAAAAAUCGAGAAAAAUGGAGGGGCUUUGGCUGUUGAUUUGGAAGGCAAGCCAAUAUCACAUUAUCAUGAUCGAAAUUUGUUCCUCAUUUCUGGGGCUCUUCCGAUUGGAGAUCAUCUGUACCUUGGUUCAGCACAUGAAUCUUACCUACUUCGUCUCAACAUUAGCCAAAACCCUGCUGUCCGCAGUAGCAGCACUACUGCAUAAACAGGAGUUCAAGUAAUUACUACCUUUUCUGAAGAAAAAUUGCAGCUCCGCUCCCGAAUUGGCAACAUUUUGUUUUUACCGCGAAUUGUAACAAGAGGCAAUUGGGAAAUCCCUCUCGCUUUUUCUUUCCACUUGUGUUGUAAAUCAUUGUGGACAGAGUAAAACUGCUGGCCAUCAGAAAAGGCUAAAUAUGGCCUUUACCUUGAAUACAAGUUUUCUUACUAUUUCCAUUUUUUCGCUAAAGAGUAAAGAAUCGACAAGUUUCAUAAAUUCGUGAAGAUUGCUCAGAGAAAGCGGCCGGUCCCGAAUUACAGAGGUGGGCCUGUAAAUUUGUGUAUCAAAGAUAAUUAUUUAAUUUGUAUGUUUACUUUUAAUUUAUUGAUCUUAUACCAAAGUAAACGAUGGUUCGAUUGUUACUUUGCAGGACAAUUGAUUUAUCACUUCUUUGUACGACAAUUUUAUUAUUAUUAUUAUUAUUUUUUUUCUAGAGAAAUGCAGCCUGGGUAACAUUUUACCACGAAUUAUACUCAUCCAAAAUUAUUAUUGCUACAUUU